AUGUUUUCGAACAUUAUUUCUACAGAUAUCGUUUUCGUGUUCCUAUAUCAUAUAUUUAAUGUUUCGAUAUUUUCAUGCAUAAUAGAUCGAAAAUUGAUAAACUUCGUGGGAGGCCAUUGCAAAGAUGGCGUACAUGUAGCAACGGUGAUUGGUCUGAUAUUGUCGGUAUCGGGGCAGCAGUAUCAACAGAUCGACGAUUAUGCCGAUUAUCAGGCACCUAGGCCAGCUCAUCCAACGCCAAGAAGUUAUUCGUCGGAUGCAGCACCGGCUCGACAACAAGCAGCAGCACCGCCAAGUCCAAAACCAACGCCAGUGGCCAUUUUGAAGCAAAUCAAUAGACACAACGAGGAUGGUUCUUAUACGUAUGGUUUUGAAGGAGCCGAUGGUUCUUUCAAGAUCGAAACUAAAUUACCAGGUGGCGAAGUAAAGGGAAAAUACGGAUUCGUCGAUGACACUGGAAAGGUCCGAGUUGUGGAGUACGGAGCAAAUCAGUACGGUUUUCAACCGGCUGGCGAAGGUAUUACAGUGGCUCCGCCGACCUUGGUAGAUGAAACAACGAGCAAGGAGGCUCUCCAAGGUCAAAACUAUCAGGAUUACGACUAUCAACAAGCUGCCAGACCUCAACCGGCUCAAGCAGCCAUUCCGCGUCAACCUCAAUACCAACCACCACCUCAAACGCACACUCAAGCUGUUUAUGCACCAGCGCAACAGGCUCCCUCGCAGCCGGCUUUACCAAAAGCACCGAUCUUCUCUCCAACGAUUCCUCGUCAAUCACCUUUACUACAACAAUCCUACGACGAACCAGUACCAACUUCUCAGAUUUACAAUCAAGGUCCCGCUCAGUUUGGUCCGGCUCCAGUUCAGGAACGAGGUCAACCUCAAACGCGCAGUCAAAGUGGCGGUAUCCUUGAUCAGCUUGCUAGAGAUUACGCUCUACCGCAAGGAGUAGCGCCGCCAUUGCACGAUAUUAGCUUCGGUUAUUACUAG